AUGUACCGAUUCAUAAAGCGCAUAGGCAGUGGGGCCUUUGGUGAAAUUUACUUAGGCAUCGACCUCAAGACGAAUCAAGAAGUGGCUAUCAAAGUGGAAUCCAUAGAGGCAAAAGAGCCUCAAUUAAGGAAUGAAGCGAGGAUUUACUCGAUCAUGAAGGGAGCGAUUGGGUUCUCCUCCCUGAGAUGGAUAGGAAUAGGAAGUCGUUAUACAGCAAUGGUCAUGGAUUUGUUGGGAUGCAGCUUGGAUCGAUAUCUGACUGCCAGGGGCAAAUUCAGCUUAAAGACUGUCUUGAUGCUAGCCGAUCAGAUGAUUGUUCGUUUGCAGCAGCUCCACAGCGCAGGAUUCGUACACCGAGAUAUCAAGCCAGGAAAUUUUGUGAUGGGACGCGGAUCUGGCUCAAAUGUCGUUCAUCUGAUUGACUUCGGACUCUCUUGCCGUUACCGAUGUGAAGACUAUCAACACAUACCAUACAAAGAAGGCCAACCGCUGGUGGGCACGGCGUGUUAUUCCUCAAUCUGCACUCACCUUGGUAUUCAACAAACACGACGAGACGAUCUUGAGGCGCUAUGCUACAUGUUGAUCUCUUUUCUUACGGGAAACCUUCCGUGGCUUGGGAUCCGCGCCGAAACAAAGUUAGAAAAACACCAGAUCAUGGCAGAACAAAAGAUCCGAACUCCGAUGGAAAAACUUUGCAAAGGCUUGCCCGAAGAAUUCAGCUAUUUCCUGGCCUAUGCUCGCGCGCUCAGGUACAAAGACAGACCAGAUUAUGAACAUAUAAGGAGGAUGUUUAAGAGCCUUUUUCUUAGGAAAGGCUAUCGUAUGGAUUUUGUUUUCGAUUGGUCUUAG